AUGGGUUCCGUCGAAACUCCCGAGAUCCUUCUGUAUACAAACCACAGCUGUCCGUGGGCACAUCGCGCACACAUCGCCCUCGCCGAACUCAAUCUCCCCUUCAAAGAAGAAAUCAUCGACCUCUCCGUGCCUCGCACUACCGAAUACCUAGCCGUCAACCCUCGAGGCCUGGUUCCCAGUAUCUCCUACAACGGAACCAUCAUCACUGAAUCUGCCAUUGUCGCGCAAUUCCUCAGCGACGCACACCCUUCCCACUUACAGAAGACGUCGUCCGAGGAAGGCGGCGCACUUCAGCGAGCCAAAAUCAAUUUUUUCGUCGAUGCAUUUAUCAGCAAGGUGAACAGCCAGACUUACGGCAUUUUGAGGGCGAGUGAGGAGGAGAAGGGACCGUUGGCUGAGAAGCUGGUGGAUGCUGUUGUUAAGGAAGUCGAGCCGUUGCUCCAGGAUGCUAAGCCGUUUUUCGGGGGGAGCGAGAGGUUGACUUUAGCUGAGGUCCAAACAGGAUCUUUCAUCCUUCGGCUUCUGGCUUAUCCGAAAGGUGGACUGGCUCCGAAGAGUCUUUUGACGAAUCUUGAGACGAAGGCCCCGGCUUUUUGGAAGUGGGCGAAUGCAGUUGUUAAAGAGAAGAGUGUUAAUUAUAUUUGGGAUGAGCAGAGGAUUGUUGAGAAGACCAAGUUUAGGUUGGCGAACACUGCAGCAGCGAAGUGA